AUGUGCUACGCAAACCUCGGAACCCUCGUCUGCCAGGCCUGUGGCCGCCGCGUCGGAGAACAGCCCGUGGGAACUACGCCCUGCCUCGCCGGCUGCGGCAAGUACGUCUCGAGGGUCACGGGCGCCGUCGUCAGGGGCGAGUGCGGCGGUGCGGCUUGGGGAGGUGGUGCAGAUGGUCUUUUGGAGUCGACAAGAGAAGAAAUGUCUCUUGCUACUCAUUCUGAGGUCGCCAUCAUCGCCAAUUCUACAAGUUGA